ACGAUAACAUCUAACCCUUACUACCUGACCGCUGCGCAGACGCUAUCAGACAUUAGCCGAAUAGCACGCACGAACAAUGUUUAACGCCAAAUUGUAUAAUGAAUCAAAUGCUCUACAGAAGACUAAUACAAUUAAGUAUCUUGAAGAAUAUAAGAAUAAUCAAUUGGAAAAAGGACUCAACGAUCCUAGACAUUGGUUGUGGCGAUGGGAGUAUGACAUCAAAAUUAUUUAAAGAAUUAAUUCCGAAUUGCAAGACCAUGACAGGAUGUGACAUAAAUGAAGAUAUGAUACGAUUUGUAAAUGAACACUAUGCUUCAGAACGUGUUAAUUUCACAACCCUUAAUAUAGAGGGAGAGCUGCCCGAUCAGCUUAGGGAACGUUUCCACCAUGCCACUUCCUUUUAUGCAUUAAACUGGUAUCGUCGACAAGAAGCUACGUUCCAGAACAUAUACGAUAUCCUCAAGGACCAAGGAAGUUGUUUCGCGAUUGUCGUAGAAAAAUUAUCACUAUUCGAUGCGUACAGGAACCUUGCUAAAACCGAAAAAUGGAAGCAAUGGGUCAUUGACGUUGCAAGAUACAUAUCUCCAUACCAUGACAGUCAGGAUUCCCUUAAAGAAAUGCAACAAUUAUUAGACAAAAUUGGAUUUACUAUAAAAAAAUUAGAACACAAGAUGCACUAAUGUCGGUGGUGCCUUUCAAGUUCCCGGAUGAGUUAUAUGACGACUUUUUUAUAGACUUAAGUAAAGAAAUGCAGAUGUUGGACACUAAAAAGUACAAUUUCAAAAAAUCUACUAAUGACUCUGUCCUUAACGUACAAAUACUCGUUUUAUAUGCUGAAAAAAAGUAAUAGUUCUGUUUUCAUUGAUUGUCAUGAAAUUGAAAUGUAACAUUGAAAUAUUAAAAAAAACAAUUAUUGAAAUACACAAACAUAUAUUAUAUAUACCUCUUUUCUUUGUCUUUAGUUUUGGAAGUCUGAACGGCCCAAGAACUUUUCGAACGUUUGUAAAGAGUAUUUAUCCUGU